CCAACGCGUGCUGUGUCUCUCAUUGCGCGCGUGGCGGGGCGGGAACCGAGAGAGCGCGAGAGAAGAGACAAGGGACAAUCCAACAGUCAAUAUAUUUAUAUCAGAAAAGAGGAGGUGAACCUUGUUUGCUGCUACACGAGAUAAAACGCUCGCGGAUUUUUCUCCAUUCAUAACUUUUCGUUCCGUUUCAAAACGCCAAAAAUCCACUUAACAGACAACGACUUGAGGACCCUACAGUCGUGCGGAUCGUGUCAAUAGGGAAGCAGCGUUUGCCCCACUGUUGCCCAUCCACUUACAAGUACCCUUAAGGAGACGAGACGAGUUGCCAUGGAAACUGUUCUGGUCUUCCUAUUUUCCCUCCUAGUCUAUGUGGUGGCUUUGUCUGACUCUGCUGCCCAAGAUGGAAAAGAGAAGGGAUUGGAACCAUUUGUAUAUGACUAUGAGAGUUUGAGGAUUGGAGGUUUGGCAUUUGCUGUGGUGCUGUUUGCCCUGGGAGUGCUCCUUAUUCUCAGCCGCAGAUGCCGCUGCAGUAUCAACCAGAAGCCCAGGGCUCCAGGAGAUGAAGAAGCUCAAGCAGAGAACCUCAUGGUCUCCAAGGCCAAGGAGACUCCUAAAGCAGAGAACUGAAACAGUCCAGUGUUGCUGAGCACAUAGCCGUGGCUGAACGACUUCACUGAUGCUGCGGAUGCUGAUGAUGAUGAAGCUGAUUCCAGACCAUGGCUAUGAGAGGAAAGAGAGGAGACAGAGAGUUGUUGGGGGAGGAGACUAUGACUCGGAUUUGUAAUGGGCCAGUGUCUUGUACGUAGACCUCUAGUCCUGUCACGUGAACAGUAACCGUAUCCGUCUUUCCGUCCGUACCCUUUUGCGACAGUCCGUCUUGAGUGAGUUGUUUUAGCAAAACUAGCCACUUUCUGCAGAUCAUUCUUAACGUUUUUGGCUCCUCCCCAACUAAACUUGUGUGUGUGUGUGUUGUUUAAAGGAACAGUUCAUCCAAAAAUGAAUUAUCUCAGUUAUUUUUUAUGUUGAACACAAAGAGAGAGAAUAUUAAAGAUUCUUUAUGUAGCCCUUAUCAUAUAAUGACAAAACUUUAAAAAAGGACAUUUUUGGAUGGACUGUCCCUUUAAAGAAAAAAAAAAUAACUGUAACUCUUAUUGUUGGUGAGACCACUUGUUAUUGUUAUUUGUGUCGCACCUGCUGUUUUUUCUCUUGUAGAUUGUAUAGAUUAUAUGCACACAUAUUUAAAGUAUUUAAUAUAAGUAUUCAUAUGUGAUGCAGAAUAUAUAUUUGAAUACACAGUGUAUGCAUGUGUGCGCGCGUAUGGAUAGAUCCUGUAGAGCUUGUGUGAAUGCGUGUGUGGAUGUACGUAUACCCACAUUCAGGGUAGUUCCUCCCGACAAUCUUUCGAUCAUUGUACCCAGACCAAGCACAAAAACAGCACAGUACCACUACUGUACCGCAGGGGGCGCUAUACCACUGUCCUCUGUCAGCUGCAACACUGCCGGGCUCAAAGCCCCCAUUCGGACCCACAGUCUAAAUGUCUGCGGCCUGAGAACGAGACCGCAGGAGCAGUUCACUUCACCAUAGUGCCGCAAACCUGUGUCCUUUACCUUUACUAUCACACGUCUUCUGUAGUGUAUUCACUUUCUUAAAGAAAUAGUUCACCCAGAAAUGUUAAUAUUUCGUCAUUAUCUUCUCACCUUCAUGCCGUUAUAACUCAAUAAAAAAGAUGAAUGUAAUUGUUCUGUGGAGCACAAAAGAAGAUAAUUUCCUUAAUGUCAAAGCAGCUGUUUGCCAUACAUGAAGUGCAAAUUAUAUUAGCGCAUUUUUUGCAACACAUGCACUCAAGAAAGUUUCAUCCCUGUCUAGUUUCUGCACUAUUAUUAUUUAGUUACAACCCAAAAAAAUGUCAGUUGUUGUCUAUGAGAGAAGUUUGUUUGUUGACUGUGAAACAACAGGCCAGGGCAGUGUUGCCACCUUGUGGACGAACCAAACAGUACAAAAUAUACGGCUAGAAAAACAUGUUAAAACAAAGUAUACUUUGGCCUUACACUAUGUCCAAACUACACGCGACACAACAAGAUUCCAGCGACAAGCAAUUUGGUCGCGAUGUGACAGCAUGACGUGACAGAAAUAUCACAACCAUUCAGAAACGCAGAAGUGCACUCCAUUCUCAAUGAAAUGGACAAGUUUAAUUAUGUAAUUUAUAAAUAUUAACUGUUUUAUAACAUUAUUAAAACUACAUACUCAGUGACUGAUACCAUUGUUGUCAUGGAAAACGCUUGUUGGUUUGUACUGAGUUCGCAGUUUUAACAUAUAUGUUUGCUUUAAUUUAUUUUCAAGAUCUGAGGUAAAUUAUUGAUUUCAGUAUAGCUUAAAAUGUCCAGCCUGAUCUCAUUGCAAUUCGUACAUAUUUUACGAUGUGGCUAAUUCGUAUGAAUUCGUACGACCUCACUUGUACAAAUUUAUACGAUUUUAGAAAAAAAACGUACGGAUUUUACGAGUGGCACGUACUUAUGAAUUUGUACGAAUUGCCUACACCCAACCCCGCCCCUAAACAUAACUGUCACUGAAAUUGUACAAAGCCAUAUGAGUGAGGUCAUACUAACUGGCCACCUUGUAAAAUAUGUACGAAUUCCCUGGUGAAAAAAACAGCAUAUGCUGGUAGGUAUGUUUUGAUGCUGGGAUGCUGGUUAGGUAGGUUUUGAUGCUGGUUUAAGCUGGUCCUUUGCUGGUUUAUGCUGGUCCUUAGCUGGUUUAUGCUGGUCCUUAGCUGGUUCAUGCUGGUCCUUGACCAGCAACAUGACCAGCUUAAACCAGCAUCAAAACCUACCUAACCAGCAUUACAGCAUCAAAACAUACCUACCAGCGUAUGCUGGUUUUUUCACCAGGGUUGGUUGUGAGAUAACUUUGAAAUAUGAUAUUCAAACUCACAUUAGACACUUUUAACAUCAAAUAAAGUAAAUAAUCAGUACCUUAGAUUAUAAUUGUCAUAGUUUGUAUGUUGUUGUUCCAGCUGUGACAUUGAAGAAAUUCUAAAAUAGAAAUUUUGCGUGUCACCAUCACGAUAAAAAACUCUGUUUAACAUGGAAAAUAUACCUUUUAUUGCGUGUCGCAGUGUCGCAUCGUGUCGUUACACGGUGUUAUAUAGGAACUGGGACUAACUGGGACUAAUUAUUUUAUAUGGCUUAUUUUCCACAUAUGAUGAUAUGUAUGUAAGGAACAGACUGGAAUUUAAAUCAUUAUUUCCUGAAAACCUCCAACGUAGUUCUCAAACAUCAUUCGGCGCUCUUCUACGUUAGUAU